UGGUCGGAGAAUACAAAAGUCAGCAGCCAGAUACUUCCCGUUAAUCCAUUUGUAGCCAGAAACCAACGCGUUGAUUGGACUUUUUCAUUUAGCACGCUACCUGCUUGUGAAAAUGCCAACGAACACUAUCCUUAUUAUUUAUUUCGUACAAGAAAGAGGAAUUAGAAAGCCCAAGUUUUGAGCUUGUCGUGGCUUUCAACUCUAUUGUUCUGUUUUCAAAGGUAGUCUAACGUUAAAGUCCCCUUUGUAGCUUCCUGUGGGCAUGCUUCAACACAAUUUCAGGACAUGGGGUUCCAUCAUUAGGAGCUUAUGUGUAGAUUCCAGGCACAAUGAAGCAUUGUCCCUUUUCCGUCACAGCUUAAAUGGUUGUGCAGCUUUUAAACCAGAUCACAAUGUCCUUGCUGCCAUUCUCAAAUCUUGCUCUGCCCUUUUGGCUACCAACUUGGGCAGAGCUCUGCAUAGUUAUGUUGUUAAACAAGGUCAUGUUUCUUGCCAGGUUACCAAUAAAGCGUUGCUUAACAUGUAUGCUAAAUGCGGCAUGCUUGAUGACUGCCUCAAGCUGUUUGAUCAGCUCAGCCAUUGUGAUCCUGUUAUUUGGAAUAUUGUUUUGUCUGGGUUUUCAGGGUCCAACAAAUAUGAUGGUGAUGUGAUUAGGUUGUUUAGGACAAUGCAUUCGAGUGGGGAAGCUAUGCCCAAUUCAGUUACUGUUGCUAUUGUUCUUCCUGUUUGUGCUCGUUUAGGGGAUCUGGAUGCUGGAAAGAGUGUGCAUGCCUAUGUUAUCAAAUCUGGUUUUGAAGCAGGCACCCUUGAUGGAAAUGCGCUUGUGUCAAUGUAUGCAAAGUGUGGGCUGGUGUCUCAUGAUGCAUAUGCUGUCUUUGAUAAUAUCAUUGACAAAGAUGUUGUUUCGUGGAAUGCAAUGAUUGCAGGCUUUGCUGAGAAUGGGUUAUUAGAAGAUGCAUUCACAUUGUUCAGUUUAAUGGUGAAAGGACCUAUACAACCAAAUUAUGCAACUGUUGCAAAUAUUCUGCCUGUUUGUGCUUCAUUUGAUAAGAAUGUUGCCUAUCGUCGGGGAAGGCAAAUCCACUCUCAUGUGCUGCAAUGGCCUGAAUUGUCAGCUGAUAUUUCUGUCUAUAAUUCUUUGAUUAGCUUCUACUUAAAAGUUGGACGGAUGACAGAAGCAGAAUCUUUGUUUUGGGCAAUGGAUUCAAGGGAUUUGGUCUCUUGGAAUGCUAUUAUUGCAGGAUACACAUCCAAUGGCGAAUGGUUAAAAGCAUUGGAUCUGUUUGGUAAUUUACUAUCUCUUGAGACGUUAUUGCCAGAUUCUGUGACCAUUGUCAGCAUACUUCCGGCUUGUGCGCAAUUGAAAUACUUGCAGAUGGGGAAACAAAUCCAUGCAUAUAUUUUAAGACAUCCUUUCCUUUUUGAAGAUACUGCCAUUGGAAAUGCUUUAGUUAGUUUCUAUGCAAAAUGUGGCUAUACAGAACAAGCAUAUCAUAUUUUUUCUAUGAUAUCCAGGAAAGACUUGAUUUCAUGGAAUUCUAUUCUUGAUGCCUUUGGAGAGAAGAGGCAUCAUUCAAGAUUUCUCAGCUUGUUACGUUUGAUGCUUAAACUAGGAAUUAGACCUGACUCAGUUACAAUAUUGACCAUAAUCCAUUUUUGUGCAUCUCUUUUGAGAGUAGAAAAGGUUAAAGAAAUACACAACUAUUCAAUUAGGGCUGGAUCUAUAUUAAGUGAUACUACAACAGCAAUUGGGAAUGCAAUACUCGAUGCGUAUUCUAAAUGUGGUAACAUGGAGUAUGCUGACAAAAUGUUUUGGAAUCUAUCAGAAAAAAGAAAUCUGGUCACAUGCAAUUCACUGAUUUCAGGUUAUGUGGGGUUAGGAUCACAUCAUGAUGCAAAUAUGAUAUUUAGUGGGAUGUCAGAGACAGACCUUACCACCUGGAAUCUUAUGGUUCGAGUAUAUGCUGAAAAUGAUUGUCCUGAGCAAGCUCUCAGUUUGUUCUAUGACUUACAAGCUCGAGGGAUGAAGCCUGAUGUAGUGACUAUCAUGAGCCUCCUUCCAGUAUGCACACAAAUGGCAUCAGUCCACUUGCUGAGCCAGUGUCAUGGGUAUAUUAUUCGGUCUUGUUUUGAGGAUCUUCACCUUAAAGGAGCCCUCUUAGAUGCAUAUGCCAAAUGUGGCAUCAUAGGCUGUGCAUGUAAGAUAUUUCAAUCAAGUGCUGAUAAGGAUCUGGUUAUGUUUACUGCUAUGAUUUGUGGGUGUGCUAUGCAUGGCAUGAGUGAAGAAGCACUUGGGAUUUUUUCACGUAUGCUCGAACUGGGAAUCAAGCCAGAUCAUGUUAUCUUUACAUCUGUAUUAUCUGCUUGCAGUCACGCUGGCAAAGUAGAUGAAGGCCUGAAGAUAUUUUAUUCAAUGGAGAAAAUCCAUGGUAUGAAACCAACCAUGGAACAGUAUGCUUGUGUCGUAGAUCUCCUAGCUCGAGGUGGCCGCAUUAGUGAAGCAUAUUCUCUUGUGACCAGGAUGCCAGUUAAAGCUAAUGCAAAUCUUUGGGGGACAUUGCUUGGGGCCUGCAAAAUCCAUCAUGAAGUAGAAUUGGGGCGUAUUGUAGCAGACCAACUCUUCAAAAUUGAAGCUAACGAUAUUGGAAACUAUAUCAUAUUGUCAAAUUUGUAUGCAGCAGAUGCUAAAUGGGAUGGAGUCAUGGAGGUCAGAAGGAUGAUGAGGAACAAAGAUUUGAAAAAGCCAGCAGGAUGCAGCUGGAUCGAAGUUGAGAAGACAAAUAACAUUUUUGUGGCUGGAGACUGUUCCCACCCACGAAGAAGCAUUAUUUACAGUACACUAAAUACAUUGGAUCAACAAAUUAAAGAACCGGUGGAGUUUUAGCUUGUCUUGCUUAUGCAUGAUGGCAUUCAUGGAGUUGCAGGAGAAAUCAUGCAGACACAUUUCAUAGAUGAGUUCUAUUCUUGAGGCAUUUGAAGUGUCAUAAAGCUUGGUUGAAUUUUUAAUUUUAAACUCGAGUAUCCAAUCUCAUUUUUCUUGUGUAAAAUAUCUAUUUUAAUUCUGUAGGUAGGUAACAUUAGUAAAGAAAAUAAAAAGUAAAAAGGAGGUAUACACUACAA